AUGAGUAGAUAUGAUGAUACGAUUGAACAGCUAAAAAAGAAAAAUAUCGUACUCCGGAACCAUUUGACAGAUCUUAUCAACGACGAAGAUAAUACGGAAAUAAAUAUACUUAAGCAAGUUAUGGUGCCAAGCAGAUCUACAGAAGAACGGUUGAAUACCACUAAGUCAUCUAUGAAAACUAAUCAAGAAUGGAGGAAUGAACCAGGAAUAAAAGUAACAACUAAAGACCAGCGUGGCCUGCUUAAUCAAGCAUAUAAAAAUGAUGAUGUAUCUAUGACCACUAAACGGGCACAUAGAGAGUAUUUUAACAAAUUCAAAGAGAACAUAAACGAGAUUAAAAAUACUGAUUAUCAACUACCAAUGAGACAGAAUGAUUCUAAUAUUAGCGAAAAGUUGAAGGAGAUUCAACUCAAUGAUCAAAACGACAAAUUGGAGUUAAAAAAGAAAGAAAAUUUAUUAUUGAAUAAGCUUAAUGAAAAGGAUGAAAUGAUAUCAUCAUUACAAAACAAAGUAAAAACAUUACAACAAGAGAAUCGUCAAUUAGUUGGUCACAGUCACGAAUACAAGCAUCAAUUACAAAUUGAACGAGAACAGAACAAGAAUCUUCGCAAAUUUGAAAUCGAUUCAAAACUGGCUUCGAGCCAAAGCAGAAAUGAAGAAAUCUUAAAUCUUAAAUCCAAAUUACACGAAUUAUCAGAACAGAAGAAAGUUUUGUUUGAACAGAACCAAGCCAAUGAUAUGGAAGUGAAGAAGUGUCAAACAACCAUAAAAGAUUUAACAAUAAAACUUAUUAUGUACAAGAAAUCAAAUAAUUCUGCUAACGAGAAAAUUGAUCGACUUCGCCUGAUAAAAAGCCUUCUUACAACAAAUAUUCUGAAAGAGACUUCUACGCGGGACGAUACCGAAUCAUUGUUGGACUCUACCACGAUCCGUCUUAUCUCCCAAGCUCCAAGCGAUAACUAUUUCACUCAGCACACAAACUUCUCAGCAUGUGAUGCAAAAGCGAAAUUUAGAAUCCUAAUCAAAAUGGUUAUGUUUAUCAUUAGGGUACAGAAUCUAUGCAAAAAUGAAGUUAACUUUAAGAGCCAAAUACUUCAAUUGUUGAAUGAUUAA